CUAAGACCAACCCUUUUGUAACUCCUUCUGACAAUGAACUCUUGUGACAUCUCUUUGCAUUAGCCUGCAUUUUCAAGGCUGAAGAAAGGAAAGGAAGAAAUCUGACACAAGAUGUUGCCGAACCUUCCAUGGCUCCACUAAGAAACGUGGGAGCUCUGCUGUGUAGAAGGCUUGACUAUAUAACAGAAGUCGCUUCCUACUGAUAAAUUCUUGCACAGAACAGCUUUCAUAACCAGAGGACCCAGCCGGGUGUGCCUGCAUCACAAACUCUCAGAGGCAACAUGACAGCUCUUGUUUCCUUCUUCAUUUUUGCGGUCCUGCUUGCAAUAGCUAGAAGAGGGUCUUCUCUUCAGUGUCAGACAUGCUACAGCUUAAACGGCAACUGUACUGGCCCCAUUAGGGAAUGUAACCCGGAGUUUGAUGCCUGUGGGUCGCUAGUGGUUGAAACAAAAACGUCUGCAAAGACAGAGAAAACCAUCAAAAAAGUAUGCACAACUCGUAGCAAGUGCAUUCCUGGUGUAAUAUUUAUGGAUCUUGAAAAUGAAUAUCAGGAGUCGGGGAACAGCAUCUGCUGUACAACUGAUGGCUGCAACACAGCAACUCUCACAGUACCAACCAGGAACAGAACCCUAAAUGGGCUACGGUGCCCUUUCUGUUAUGCUAAGAGACCGGAUACAUGCCAAGAGGAGGCCAUCAACUGUAGAGGAUCAGAGACUCAGUGUUUCACCAGGGGAGCAGGAGGACACACAAUCACCACAAUAAACUCUGUCACUACCGUCACAUAUGAGAUCACCCAAAAAGGCUGCGCUACUGAAUCUUUUUGUGCCAAUGCUGCAGAAACUGGAAUAGUAGUUUCUGGAAAGAGUGUUAUAUUCGGUUCCCAGGAGAUACAAUGCAGAGCAGCUUCUCACGAAGCAAACCCACGAAGCACGGGAGGACAAAACACUGCAGUUGGUGGAGGAACAAGCACCACCGCUGAUUCAACCAGGCUCUACCUGCAUCUCUUUGCUGGAAUUUUGAUGACAAAAUCUUUCUAUCGUUGUCUUUUUUAAUACACAGCAUGACACUGUCUUGUCGACUCUUAAUCCUA